UUACAAUGUCCGAUCCAGAAUCAACACAGAUCAUCGACCCCGCCCUCUCCUCCAACGGCUCCACCGCACCCAAGAAAAAGGCCAACAAGCCCAAGAAACCAGCUCAGGCUCCGACUGAUUUACAGUACCACGCCGAAUUAUUGGACAAACUCGAGGCUGCGAUCGAGCCCAAGUGGUCCGGGGUUAGGGGACGACAUGCGUUUGCGAAGAGGGAUAUUCAGGUUGGGGAGGUGAUUAUGACGGAGACUGCUACCGCUGUGUUUCCGAGGACUGGGAGUUGUUCGUUGUGUUUGAGUUCGAAGACUGCGUCAGCUACGGCCAAUUGGGUUGAUUGUGAGGACUGUAAGAAGGUUGGGUGGUGUUCGACUGAUUGUCAGGGUAUGGAGCACCCGAUCCAUGAGAUUGAGUGUAAGGCGUUGCAGGAGUUUGAUGCUGCGGUCGAGGCGGCGAAUGAGGCCGUUAAGACCGAGCAGGAGUUACAACGGAAGAACAACUCUGUCAACCUUGGGAGUAGCGAGAAAAUCGACUCUGACGUUGCUCGUCUCGCGAUCAAGACCCUUGCGCGUAAGGCGGCGGAGGAGGGUGGUGCGGAGGUAUGCGAGUACGGUACCAAGACGGAUGUGUUUGAGGCUUUGUUCUCGAGGAGAGAGAAUAUGGAGACCGCGGACGCGAAAGGAUGGGGCAAGUUCUGGUCAAUCAUGAUGAACCUCGUUCCGUCACCGAAGGAUGGGCCACCAUACACCGUGCAGUACCUCACCGAGCUCGCGUCCCGUAUCGUCGCGAACUUGCACUCACUGCCCUCGCCCCAGUCUGCAUUGGGCGUCUUCCCGCUCACGCUCCUCUACGCACCCCACUCCUGUGCACCCAACGCGCACUUGAUUGUUUUGCCUGAGAACACCCCUCAACGCGCCAUCUCCAUCCAAGCCCUCCGCCCCAUCAAAACCGGUGAGGAAAUCACCGUCACCUUUAUCGACCAACUCCUCCAACCCCGUGACAACCGCCGCGGAGCAAUCCUCAUGCGUCGCCGCUACUGGUGCCGCUGUAAACGCUGCGCGACCGAUAUAGAGAAAUCCUCCGAUCGGUUCUUGACCGCGGUUAGGUGUGCGGAGUGUAAGGGUGGUGUGUACAUCAUCCCGCCGCGCACCAUUCAUUCGAUCUUUGAGGAUGUGAAGGCGAUGCAGGCUGGGAAGGAUAUUAGGGCUGAGAGGUCUUAUGCUUGUUCGGAUUGUGAGAGUCAGUUGACGCAUGCGGAUUGGGCCAAGUUUAUUACGGAGGCGGAUAAGGCUUUGAAUCUUGCGCAGGAAGGAUUGAGACGUGGUGGAGCUGGUGGGUUCGUGCAGAGUAAGACGAGGCUUGGUGCGUGGUAUGGGAAGUAUGUCGUUGGUUCCGGUAUGGGGUUGAAGCUCCACCCUGGCCAUACUCUCGCGUUAACCCACGCCGGACCCACGACGAAUGCACAAAUCGCAACGGCUGACUACUCCGCCGCCAUCGCAACCCAGAAGGCGACGAUCGAGACCAUCACCAACUACGGCAUCCUCCAAAAACAUAAUAUCGGCGACAUGUACUUCCGCCUCUCCCGUAUCCUUGCCGAGGCGCAGAAAAUCGAGGAACAGCGCAAGGAGAAGAAGCGUGCCACGCUCCUUAAGAAGUGGAAGGCGGAGGAGGUCCAGGCUGUGGAGGAUGGAGGAAUCGUGGCAGAGUUGUUGAUGUAUAUCCGGAAGAAGAAUGAGGCUGAUGCGGAGAGGUUGCAGAGGGCGAGCGACGAAGCUCGCCUUAUCGAAGAAGCUGCGAAGCUCCAGCUUGGGGAGGCGAAGGCGGAGGAGGUGCAGGGUGAGGAGGAUGCGAGGAUUAAGAUUGCCAGGGAUGGAGAGGGAAAGACUGGACUGGAGGCUAAGGAGGAUGGAGAAGUUGGUGGAGAGACGGAAAAGUUGAACUUGGGGAAUGAUGCGGCGAUUGAGAACCAGAUUAGGGAGGAGGCGAAGGUUGCGAUUGCGGAGGCGGAGUAA